CUCAGUCUUACUAGCAGGCCAGCAUGUUUACCCCGCUUCCUCGCAUGUUUCUUACAUGUUUGUUCCUGCUGUGCUACAGGCUUUUACUGUGUUGCUUCACGUGUUUCAACGACUGUUCUGCCUACUUACAGCUGCCCAUAGACAAUCCACCUUUGACCUUGUGCUGUCAGGCAUCGUGCGAAGCUCUGCCACUGUGCACAGUUUUGAAAUCUUUGCUGAAGUCGCUCGAAUCCUGAAGCCUGGAGGGAAAUUUUACUUCACAGAACCCGUAUGCAGAUCAGGUAACUCCAGACUGAAGACGGGCUCACAGCUCACCUCCAAUCUAAAACUUGCUGGCUUUACAGAGAUCACUGAGAUACAGUCUGACCCUUUAACAGACGAAGAACUGAAUUCAAUAAAACAAUUUGUUGGCUACAAAGGUAAUGAUUUGACUAAGAUGCACUUGGGUGCGAAGAAACCAAACUUUGAAAUUGGAUCAUCCGCUCAACUGAAACUAUCAUUCGUAAAGAAGCCAAAAGCAGUAGAUGAGAAACCGCAGCUGGACCCCAGCACGAGGAAGGCUUGGACCCUGUCAGCCACUGACAUGAAUGAUGAUGAUGUGGAUCUUAUUGAUUCUGAUGAACUGCUGGAUGAAGACGAUUUGAAGAAACCAGAUCCUGCCUCGCUCAGAGCUAUGGACUGUGGAGAUGGCAAGAAAAAGAAACGGGCCUGUAAGAACUGUACGUGUGGACUGGCUGAAGAACUGGAUGGCAAAGGAUCCACAGAUGUCAAGAAACUGCAGGUGAAAUCGUCAUGUGGAAGUUGCUACCUCGGUGAUGCGUUCCGUUGUGCCAGCUGCCCUUACAUGGGGAUGCCUGCCUUCAAACCCGGUGAAAAGAUCUUGUUAGCUGACCAGACUCUCACCGAUGCCUGACUUGUUUUGAAUGGGAUUUGACGUGGUGAUGCAGUGUGUUUCACCGGCACUACAACCACGCGGUAGAUAUUCUCUCUGAACUGAACUCUGGGCUGUUUGUUCUUCUGUUUCCAGCAGAGUGAUUGAGCUCUGCUUGAAUUGGGUAUCUCAGAUGGAUGCAGCAGUCACAUUCUGACCAACACGAGGUUUAUUUGUAAUCUGCGUGGUGUUUUCUGACACCAAAUGUGACAAGUUUUACUGUUCUCUCACCGCGGCUGUGUAUAUUGAAUGAUUUUGGUGCUGAUUUUUUUUCUGUCAUAUAGUACAAUUAAAUGAGUGUCAACUUA